GUACAGAGUAUCUUCUUCCUCAGGAGCUAUUGGUGAAUUACAAGUUUUAUACACCUUAAAGCUAAUAGAAUACUCAAUCCUUUCCCAUAGAAAAGUUCCUUACCUAUGAUAUAGACCGAGUAGAUGGUAGAAGAGCACUUUUUCAGAUUCUUCAGAAGAACAGCAAAUCAUUUCAGAAGACUUGCUUAUAAAACAGUUUUCAUCAAACGACAGGUUAUCAUUGUCUACCUGUCCUGGCGGAGAAAUAGGCAAGCUCUUGAAAGGCGGAGUUUGUUUAAUACGACUGUUGAUUUCAGAGUUCAGAAAGCAAUACUCUUUUGAAAAUAUAUGAAAUAUCGAAGAGAAGCUGGCUUUAUAGCUUAUCAGAAUCAAAGAGAGAUGUUUAGAGGAAGUUUGAGGAUCAUAUUUCCGGUCCGACCAUCCAUAACUCAGAUCCAUUUUUACUCUAUUCAAAUAAGAGAUAAACUUUCCGGGCAUGACAACUUAGGAUUAAUGAUUUUUGAGGAAGAAAAACCAAAAGAAGUUUGGGGAAGGGAUCUUGAUUCUAUCUUUCUAUCAAAGAAUACUGCCAUCAAAUAAAAUCCUAGACGUAGAUUUAAUCGAUGCUGGAGAGACUAUCAUGGAAGAAAUCUCAGAUUAUACAAUUACCAGCGAGAGUGCCAGUAUAAAGGAUGAGAAAAGUGAAUGCAGUGAUCAAAUUUCAGCUCUCCCAGAAGAAAGCACAAAAGACUAUGAAUAUGGACUUCAGAAUUGGAGUGACAUCAAAUACCUCAACAAAGAAAUCCCUCUUGACAAGACAGAGUAUAUCAUUGAGGGUGAAGGAUACAUCUCUAGCAGUUCUUCUGAGUAUUAGUUAUUAUAUUGUACAAAAGAAAAGUAAGACUUAUUUACAAC